UGUUCCUGUAUUUACGAGCAGAAAACACAGACUGAAGGCUGAACGCACACGAUCACAUUGACUUUCUCGGAGCACUAGGCUUUAACUACAAACCUCUGAUGAAACAGUCUGUGCAUUGUCCUCUGUGAAAACUUUUGGAGCCAUUUUGGUGUAAACGGAGCAACUGUCUGUAAGUACAAUUGUAAUAAAUUAGUAUAACAGCGCCACGCGGUGUCGGGUUCUGGUAUUACAGUAAAAACGCACUUCAUACAGUGUUACCUUACCUUUACUACAGAGUUGUAGAGAACACUAAAGGGGGUUUGUUGCUGACCUGAGUACUUGCAGACUAGAGCUAUACACGUGAGCACCACCAGGACGUAGACAGCAAACAGAGUGAGGAAAUCCAUGUCUCACCUGGCAGCAUCACAGAGAGGAAACAACAGCAUCCAGGCUGGUGGGCUGUGCUAGCAUCGCUGCUGCUGAGCCAAGAGAGAGACGGACACAUGAGGUUUCAGUGCUGAAAUUAAUGGAAAGUCUAGUCUUUCGACGUAUGAACAAGGUAAAACAAUAUUACUUUACAUUAUAAUAAGUGAAUAACGUUUACUCUGUCCAUGUCUCUUGUUUUACUGGGAGACACUGCACGUCUUAAGAGGAAAUUUCUAACUAAUGGAUGUAAACAUGAAACUUCAUCAUUUCACUACUUGCAAUUAGGCAAUUUUUUGUAUUCCAGAGUUUUUAAAAAAAUGCAUUUUUAAAUAUGCAAAUUAAGUAUUAUUUACCUAAAAAUACCCUAAUUUGCAUUAAUUUCCCAGAUAGAAUUCUAAACAUUGAAUAAAACCAGUUUAAACAUUAUUUAUUUUCUUGAAAAAUUAAAAUGAAAUGUUUAUACUGAGAGGACUUUGGCUUUUUGUCACUCAUUAAUCUUAAAAUACUACUAGAAAAAAAGCCCUAUUAAUAAGGCUGUAAAUUAUAGAUGAACAAGUCCUUUCUGUGAAAUCUCUCAUAAUGUAGAUGGGAGCAAAACUGGAAAGUCUGGUGUAUGUAGGUACCACUGAAAUGAAGACAGAAUGUGAGAGAAAACACAAUUUGAGAAAAGAAAUCUACAAAUGUUCAUGGACCAACUGGAGUAAAAUAACCACCUAAAUGUGUAUUUCUUGUCAGUAGUCUGAAAGAAGACAUGUCAUAGAAAUAGUAUAUCCCAAAAUCCCAAAAAUGUGUGUAUAGAUAAAGUGAGUGGAAAAAAAAUCUGUGCCUUUUUGCAAGUAGCAUCUUGCCAUAAAAGUCAAUCGCUAAAUAACUGAGAAAGGGACAUGGAAGGAAAUGUUUUCACUCAGUUUGGGCUGUCUUACACUGUUCAUAAAAUCCUUUUAAUUUUCCAUGAGCACCCCCGUCCCACGAUCAUCAAUAUGCUCAGAGUUUUCCAGAUUCCUGAUUGCUUGUCAGGUGUUUUCCUGGAUUGCAGUGAGAUUUGAUGUACUUCCACGUUCACCUGGAUCCAGGACACAUACGUGCAACAUCACUUUCUCAGAGUCAGAAUUACAGUCAGACCACUUAAGAAAAUUGCAGUGAUUCCAACAUUUUGACCUCAGUGUUUACAAAAAAAAGAGUGUUUGAAAAGUGUUCUUUUCUGUCUUUCUCUGCCAUCCUGUGCCCCACACAAUGCAACAAGGCAUCACAGGACACCUGUUGGAUCUGGUUGCAGACAUGGCCCAGCACUCAUAUUACAGCUCACAGCGCUGCAGAGAGGAGCAUUACUCAGGAGCUGUCCACACUCAUCUAUGGAUGCUGUCUAAAAAGUCCUCAGCAUGCCGACGUCCAAUCAGGGCUGGCCUGAGGAUUUUGGCUUCCAGCUGGGUGGGAAUGGACCCAGCUACAUCCUGUCUGUGGAGGAGGGCAGCAGCGCCCACUUAGCUGGGUUGCAGGCGGGUGAUCAGGUCCUGGAGAUCGAGGGCCACAAUGUGUCGACGUUGGGUCCACAAGCCGUCAUCGCCAUCGCCCAGACUCAGAAGAACAUCCCUCCCAGCAUUGGAGUGGUGUCCCGCAUACAGCAGAUGGACAUCAUACCAGGUCCGGACGGUCGUUUUGGGUUUACCAUCGUGGGAGACUGCCCUCUGCUGGUGGAGGACUGCUCUCCUUGUUCGCCAGCUGGACGCGCAGGUUUGAGGGCAGGAGAUUACGUCAUGGAGGUGAACGGCAUCCCCGUAAGGCAGCACGAGAUGGCUGCAGCGCUGAUAAAGGCCUCUCAGGGGAGGACGCUCCGUCUGGGGGUGCUAUGCCUCGGCCCGAGGCAGAAACGUAGCGUCAGCAUAGAGGACAGUCAGUUGGGAGGAGAGGGGGCAAGACUGGACCGCAAGCACAAGGCUCUGGAGUUCAACAGAAAGGUCGACCAGAUUUUAGGCGAUGAGCCCGAAGUGAAAGAGAGACUCUUCACUGUGCUGAAGCAGUACGCAGCAGAGAAAAGAGUAGAGUGGUUGGCUUCUGUCCUGCCAGAGAUACUCACCACUGAUGAGCAUCGACAGCUCAUCUCCAGCAUCAGAAUCUUCAUCCCCAAGAAGCACCGUCAGCGCUUCGAUGAGUCCGUGUCCCAGAACGUUAUCAACCGACUCUGCCGCAGCAAAAGCAUCAGUGAGCCACAGGGCAGGAUUCGGCGCAGUCGGAGCGAGGACCACUCUGACCGCCACCGCGGGUCCAAACGGGCCAGCUCAGUGCCAAGAGAUGGAGAACCCGGAGGGAGGGGGGAGUCAGAGAGAGACAGGGGCUUAAGGAAGUCCAUGUCCGGGAUGCCUGCACAUCCCCCUAUUGGACCCAAUCAGAGGAUCGUUCGUGUGUACAGAGGGAAGAAGAACUUCGGCUUCACCUUGCGAGGCCACGCUCCCGUCUGCAUCGACUCAGUUAUCCCAGAUAGUCCUGCUGAGGAAUGUGGACUGAAAACAGGAGAUCGCAUCCUUUUCCUCAAUGGACUGGACAUGAGGAACUGUUCCCAUGAGAAGGUGGUGUCCAUGCUGCAGGGCAGCGGGGCAAUGCCCACUCUGGUGGUGGAGGAAGGUCCGUCUGACUUCUCUUCAGACCAGACUGACCCAGAAGAAUCCCCUAGUCUGCCCCCCACUACAUUACCACGCUCAAGGUCUCCAGCCCUCAGUUCCCUCCAGUGGGUGGCAGAGAUUCUUCCACCGAGCAUAAAAGUCCAUGGGCGAACCUUCAGCCAGCAGCUAGAGCACCUGCUGACCAUCCAGGAGAGAUACACUGUCUGCAAAGCCUUAGAGACCUUCUUCCAGCACAGGAACGUGGACACCCUGAUAGUGGAUGUGUUUCCGGUGUUGGACACUCCGGCCAAGCAGCUCAUCUGGCAGUUCAUCUACCAGCUACUGACCUACGACGAACAGGAGCGCUGCCAGAGCAAACUGUCACGCUUCCUGGGUUUUAAGAGCAGCGCAGUGUUAGAGCCUGACGGAGGUCAAGAGCACCACCGGCGGAGCAGCUCUAUGCGUGUGACGGGGACGUCGUACCGCAGCUGCAUGCGAGACAGGAGCUCAGACGACUGCAUCAUCGGGACUCACCUGGGAAUGGGAAUUCAUGUCGAUGAAUCUGGGAGCCCGGAGGAGAGGCAGUCAGGAGAUGGAACCUCCUUCCCCGAGUCCCCUGACCUCAGUCAUAUGACAGGUGUGUACACGGAGCUGGAGAACGUGUACGCAGGGAAGAGUGUGUCACCGCUGCAGGGAGGCUCCUCGGCAGAGCCCGAGGUGUCGGGACAGACUGAGGGCUACAGCCGCCCUCUCUCCCCGCUCACACUCCCCCCUCUCACAGGUAACCGUAAGUCUGGCCUGUCGCUGUCCUGGAAGGAGCCUCUCCCCACUCCAGUGUACGAGAUUCACCACCAGAGCAGCCAGGACUCCAACCCCUAUGUCAGCCUGGAGAGCCCCCCCGCCUCCCCUCAGCACUCAGACAGCGGCCCCAACACAUUAACCCGCCGCAAGAAGCUGUUCACCUUCUCCCGUCCGCCUCGCAGCCGGGACACGGACAAGUUCCUGGACGCCCUGAGCGAGCAGUUGGGCCACCGGGUCACUCUGGUGGACGACUUUGUACCCGGAGAGAACGACUAUGAGGAGAUGAGCUUCCUGGAGGACCAGGACCUGGGCUUCAUCCCUCGGCAGCUGAGCAGCGGCAGCAGUGAGGAUCACAGUAGCAGCGACGAGGCCUCCUCUCCCUCCUACUCCUCUGAAUCGGAACCAAUCCCCCCACCUCCCACCCAGAGCCCCCCGCCUCCCCCGCCCUUCCAGGCUCUCAUACCCCCUCCCGUCCAGUUCACCGACCCCCUCCCGCCCGUACGCUUUUCUCCGGAGCACGUCCCCCGCAGCCGGAUGCCCUUCCAGCCGCACCACCCCAUCAUCCCUCCUCCUCCGCCUCCUCCGAGGACCCUCCUGUCCAGCCGCUCUCCUCUGCACAAGGUUCUCCCCAGCAGAGACGAAGCAGAGAAACCUCACCAGCGCUUCCAAACCACCGCCUCUUCCCGGCACGCCAUCCUGAGCACCACCACCACCUUGCGGUCAUCUCGCCCCAGCUACCUCCCCCGCCAGCUCAGCCAGCCGGCGCCAAUCCGCCAGCCCUCCCCCCAGCCGUCCCCUCAGGUGCUGAGGCCGAGCCAGCUCGUCCUCCAGAGGCACCACCAGCUCCAUCACCAACACAGCUACCAGGGCCCGCUGCCGCCGUCCCUGCAGGACCACAGCCCGUCUCAAAGCCAGAGCAAAGGGCCCGCAGGUUCAUCGCUGCUCUCCCAGCCUCCCGCCUCCCACUCAAGCCUCCCUACUUACACCAAGACCUAUGAAACCACACGGCAGGAGCAUCCGUCACAACAGGCUCCACCACCUCCACCUCCACCUUUGCCUCCACCCUGUGACCCGCCUCCGCUGCCCAAGACAGGCCAACACGCCUCCGACGCAAACCACAUGAGUGUAAAGAGGCUGCGCUGGGAGCAGGUGGAGAACUCUGAGGGAACAAUAUGGGGCCAGCUUGGAGAGGAUUCAGAGUACGACAAGCUCACUGACAUGGUGAAGUACUUAGACCUUGAUCUGCACUUUGGGACUCAACGCAGAUCCAUCUCUCCUCCAGAGCCAGCCUUCCUGCCAGAGAACUUUAAAAAGAAAGACGUGGUGGAGAUUCUAUCUCAUAAGAAAGCCUACAAUGCCUCCAUCCUCAUCGCCCAUCUGAAGCUCUCCCCCGCCGAGCUUCGUCAGGUCCUGAUGAACAUGGCGACCGACAGGCUGGAGCCGGCUCACAUCAAGCAGCUGCUGCUCUACGCCCCCGACGACGACGAGGUCAAACAGUACGAGCAGUUCGAUCAGGAUCCGGCCAAACUGAGCGAGCCGGACCAGUUCAUUUUCCAGAUGCUAAUGGUGCCUGAGUAUAAGACUCGCCUGCGGAGCCUCCACUUCAAGACCACUCUGCAGGAGAGGACGGAGGAGAUGAAGGUGGCGUACGAUUACAUCUACAAGGCUUCAGUGGAGCUGAGGAGCAGCAAGAAACUGGCCAAAAUCCUGGAGUUUGUUCUUGCAAUGGGAAAUUACCUGAACAAUGGCCAACCUAAGAGCCACAGGACAACCAGUUUUAAGAUCAACUUCCUCACUGAGCUGAGUACAACCAAAACAGUAGAUGGGAAAUCCACCUUCCUCCACAUUCUGGCCAAGUCUUUGUGCCAACACUUCCCCGAGCUGCUAAACUUUUCCAGAGACCUCACGACGGUGCCUCUGGCAGCUAAAGUGAACCAGAGAGCCAUCACAACCGAGCUGAGCGACCUUCACAACACCAUCCAGGACAUUAGGACGUCCUGUCAGAAGAUCCAAGCCACCUCUGAAGACCACUUUGCUUCAGUGAUGAGUAGUUUCCUGGAGAACAGCCACCCUGCCAUCCAGUCUCUGGAGUCUCUGCAGAGCCGAGCGAUGGAAGAGUUCUCCAAGGUGGCCUCAUACUUUGGAGAGGACAGCAAGUCCAGCAGCACAGAAACCUUCUUCGGCAUCUUUUCAGACUUCAUAUCCAAGUUUGAGAGAGCUCUCAGUGAGACCCAGACUCCGGAAAACCCCAGAAGCCCCAGACUGUCUUCCCCUCUGGCCUGGUAGAAGGAGGAAGGCGGAUGUCGAGCCUAAUCGAGAAGUCGGCUCCGUUUUCACUCUGCUCUCCACAACCAAAGUGCCAAGAUCACACACAGAGACACUCGGACCACUGGGAACAGAGACCAUGUCAUCUAUAGCAAAGAGAAUGGAAACACACUGUAUGUGUCUGUAGAUAAGCGGAGUGCCCUGUGUGCAGCAGUGCUGCUCUUUCAGGUGCUGGGUAGAGCAGGAACAUUCAGGUGUCCACAGGUCAACAAGAACUCACCGCACACCAGUUUUUAAAUGAUUUACAUCUCUUUUUAAUGCACAGUAGUUAGUAGGUAGUAGAAGAUACAUUCAAGAAGCCAUCCGAGUCCAUUUGAUUUCUCCCCUUCAGCUUGACGCUGCAUUAAAGUGAGAUUUAAGCAAAGACAACUGGUCUGAAUAUAUACAGAUGGCCUGCUAAUGUGUUUAUUAAAUGAGUAUAUUAUAAAGUUUAUAUUUUCUAUCAGAUCAUAUUUGAAAAUUGUAAAGAUUAAGCGUAGAUGUAGACUGACGACAGUUACCUGAGAUCAAGCCGAUUCACAAGUGUAGUUUAGCUCGUUUGAUGGUGCACUCACUGCCUCCCAUACAGCAGGAUUUGUUUCAAACAUGUAAGAAUACUACUUUUUACAACCACGUGUUCACGUUGCUAGACCUCCUGAUUUUUUUCAUCCCAUUUACUGUUAACUUAUAGGACAUCUGUUAUGAAAAUCUCCUCAUGCAAGAAGUAAAAGUCACCCACAACCAGCUUUGGUUCUAAAUUUCUAAUGAUAAUCAGUUGAUCAAGUAUGGAAGCCAAACAAGGCCAUAAUUAUUUUACAUUUUAAUGUAGCUCACAAAGAUGAAAUUUAAAUUUAUAGCAUUAAAAUAUUGUAUAUGUAUAUGAAUUUAAAUGGUUUGAAUUUAACCUCUUUGAAUUUAUCCUUUUAUGGUUAUAUUUUUUUUGUUUUUUUAUGUUAAAUUCAGCUACAAAAUUAAAGCAUCCAGUAUUCAAAAAGUAGACUCAACUAAGCGUUUUUGGCAAAAAUAUCAUCUCAAGUCAAAACAGUACAGAACUUUAAAUUGUAUUGGUUGAAUGUAGACAUUCAGAUAGAAUUUUAAACCCAUAAUUUGAGCAUAACGUAAGCCAGCAAAACUGAACUGAAUCAUUUAGGCUGUUAUCCUUUCAGGUAAUAUCAGUAGGUAUAGUAUCCAAGAAUUGGCUAUCAGAAUUUGUGAAGCUUGGAGAGAAAAAUGGUUUGGAAAAUGCAGAAAUCUUAAAUGUCAGAGACGCAAAUCCAAACCAAAUCAACUCAAAAUGUAUUCAUACGUUUAAUCAUUCAAGGGUAUUUAAAGUUCAACAUUAGGUAUUCUGUUGGGAUUACAUUUUGCAACAAGAAAAGCACUCUGAGAGCGCAGUACUCCGCCAAAGCUGCUCAGUCCUAUCAUUUCCGACGGAUAAAUCCGCAGCGGUCAAUUUGUAGUAGGAUCGCAAUCAUGUGAUCAUCAGCAGGCAGCUGAUGUAGUGCUCACUGGUUGUCAUAGUUACAGUGACGCUGUGUGGCUAUCUCACAAUGAUACAGAAAUGUUUAACAUAUCCAUGGAUUCAGACUAUAAGCCGCAUCGCUGUCAAAAUCUAAUCACUUGUUCCUUGUGUCAUUUCUGACCUUCCCUGAAAAUUUCAUCCAAAUCAGUUAGUCAGUUUUUGAGUAAUGUUGCGCACAGACAAAGCGACAGACAGACAAAUGUACGCCGGUUGUCACAUAACUCUGCUGCAUUUCUGUUUUCAUUUGGCCUUCCAUACUUACAUUAUUUAGACAACAGUAACACUUCAGCUGCUGAGAUGCUAGUAAAUCUGCGGGUGGUCGCGGUUCAUUUUUGCUUCAGCUUCACACAUAAUCAAUGAUAUUUAUUGAGGAUUGUCACAGUUUUGCUUGAGUGGUCGGUUAUCCAUCUUUAUGUGCCUCCAGCCGUCGCAUCGGAGCUAGACUCACCAUUAAAAUUUGAAAUCUGAGUCCUGAAAUGAGCUGAAGCUAAAGUUUGGAGUCAUUCCCUGACAGCCUUGUGAUUCUUCUGUCUGACGGGACUGAAUUAAAUCCACACUCAUUUGCACAUGUAUUUGCAAAACAUCCUUCAGAACACUCAAACAAUAUUGCACCUUUUUCCAGCGAGGUAACGCUGACUGCAUUUGGCUCAUAAAUCAUCUGUUGUCAGAACGUGUGGGCGGAACAGUAAAUCUUUCUCAAUAAUUAGCGCCAUUCCUUGUUUUUGUUUUUUUCUGAGCUGUGUGUUUCUGGCAGUGAGGAUGGCUCGUAGUUCUGCACUUUGUAGAGCAGCUCCGGCGUUGUGAAGCAGCUCUGCAUAAAGAGGUGGGAGGCUGCGGAAUGAAUGGGAAAAAAACACCCUACUGUAAAUGGUUAUUUCCUGCUUCUCCGGUUGUCAUGGUGAUGUCAUGACUCCUCUACAGUGCAGUGUACCUGUAGCUGUGUUGUAUUCUUGUUGAGUUUGCAAAAAUCCCUGUUUUUUGCUAUGCACUGCUCAUUUUCAUUUGUACCGUACGAUGCCCGUGUGUCCCUCCAAGUUUUAUUUUCUUAUUCAAGAGUUCCAUCGGGAUUUUAUUUUGCUCUUCAUGCACAGCUUUAGUCAGGCUUACGAGAUGAUCUCGUAAAAAAUUAAAAAAAUAAAUAAAAAAUGCACUCCUAGCUGCUA